UGCGAACUUGUGAAGGAGAAUAUAUAUAUAUAUAUAUCUACUUUUUAACAACCAUACUAAGUCAUGGCUCUCUCUAAGCUUCUAGCUGCUUCCCUUAUUGUGUCUUUUCUCCUCCUCCAUCUUGGGGAAGCUUAUGAAUCGCAGGAGGCACCCCAGCAGACAAUUGAGGAUUCUGUUAAUAAUAAGAAGAUAGAUUGCAGUGGAGCAUGCAGUGUGAGAUGCAGCAAAGCAUCUCGUCAAAGGAUGUGCAAGAGAGCGUGUGGAACAUGCUGCCAAAGAUGCAACUGCGUACCACCGGGCACUUCCGGCAACCAAAAACUGUGUCCCUGUUAUUACAACCAAACCACCCACGGUGGCAGGCGCAAGUGCCCUUAAACCUUAUUAGCAGCUUCCAUGCAAAUGAAAUCAUCUCAACUGCCUACAAAUUAAAUAUGAAGACAAGCAAUUAAGGAUGAUAAUAAUCGGAUAUACCCCUUUCAACUUUUAAUAAGAUAAACGUGUAUGAGAUUUAAUCAAUAAGUUGUUGACUAGUAAUUAAUUGCUAUCUAUUUUGUUUGUGUUUGCUAAUUGCUAUUAUAUGUGUAUGAGAGGUCAUGAAAUGAUGUGGUCACGAGACCAGCGUCCUGUAACAUAAUAAGCUGUGUUUUGAUUUCAAUAAUGCGUGUUGAAUCCUUGUGAGUGUUUGUUUUGGAGUAAAAUAAAGUUCAUCUUAUGUA